AUGGAAGGGCAGACCCGUUCAGCCGUUCACGUUCUUCGUUGUUGCGGGUGUUUUGCGCUUCGACUCGACCGCCUGGUGCGCAUCGGUUUCCUCCUUGCCAAAAGUGAUGCACAUGCGGCAUUGAACGCCGGCCACGUGCUUCUUGGUGGCGUGUCAGUCGACAAUCUUCAGCCCGUACUCCAGCACGUGAGACUCAUUGAAGGGCGUGCAGCGCUUACUAUUGUGCGGCAAUCAGACGAAACGAGAUUUGAGGCUGAGAAAGAGAGGAGAUCGGAGGAGAAUUAG